AUGGCGGACAAGGGCGCCGAAUGGAAGCUCGUCAAUCUGCUGUGCCGGGACACCCGCGCGCUGAGCGUGGUCCUAGAGUUCCUGCGCCUCUCGGAAACGCCCGUGGACGACAUCGCCACGGCCCUCGCCUUCCUCUCGGCCGCGUUUCGUCAGCGAGCCGCCCGAGCCAAGGCACGUGCGGGCAUGCGCUGUGUGCCGGUCAAGAUCUUCUCGACGAAGCUCACGACGAAGCAGAUCGACGAUGAGGAGAUCGCGCGGCAGCUCACCCUCAUGCACUUUGAGCUCUACCAAGCCAUCCAGCCCAGCGAAUUCCUCAACAAGUCCUGGCUCGAUCCUCACCUCCGCUUCAAGGCGCCCAAUGUGAUUGCGAUGAUGAAGGCCUACGAGGAGGUGUCGCUGUGGGUGGCCACCGAGAUCCUCACCCAGGACAAGGCCCGCCGACGAGUCAAGCUCAUCAAAAAGUUCAUCGACAUCGCCAAGCAUUUGAGGCAGCUCAACAACUUCCACAGCUUGUUCGCGGUGCUGGCGGGCCUCAACCUGCCGCCGGUCCAGUCCCUCAACCGCGCCUUUUCCGAAAUCCCCCUCCAGACCCAAAGCGUCUUCUCGGAUCUGGUCAAGCUCAUACCCCCGCGCGAAGGCGAGGCUCUGGCCUACAAGGAGAGCCUCCAGAAGUCUGUGGAUGAAGGCCAUCUCCCUCUCCUUCCCUAUCUUGACGUGGUGUUGCGAGACAUCCUGCUCAUCGAGGACGGCAUUCCAUCGCGCACCAAGGUCCACAACCUCAUCAACUUCGAAAAGCGCGCCCGUCUCUUCUCCGUCAUCCAGAAGAACGACCCGUUUGAACAUGACGAUGCCAUGCUAGUGCUGAGCGAUUGCAUCAAAGACAGCAUCUCCUCCGUGAGGGAGUGGACCCACUCCAUAUUCGCGGCCAAGCUGUCGAACAAGGCCGAUGUGAAGAAGGCCAAGCGCGACAAGCUGCUGCCGUACCGGUCUCGGCUGUGCAGCUACCUGCAGACCCACGAGGACGCCAUCACGCGGCUGUUCCAGGAGCGGAUGGGCGGCGAACAGCGCGAGGAGGAGCGGGACUACGUGCAGAUCGCACACUACCGGCUGAUCGACGCCAUGGACGAGCGGCGGCGGGAGAUCGGAGCCGACCCGGUGCUGGCGCAGAGCUUCGAGAAGGUGUGGGAGCGGGUGGAGCGGCGCACCAACCGCCUGCACAAGCUCGACGCCAGCGGCAUGUCCUCGUCGGGCUCGUUCCUGGCCGAGUCCUACGGCUCCGGCGACUACCUGCGCACGCGACCGGCCGGCACCAGCACCACAACCGGCUCGUCGCUCGUCAUGAGCACCUCCACGGAGAUCACCGACGACGACGACACGGGCGCCGACACCGACGACGACUCGUUCGCCAUCACCGAUGACUCGUGCCUCAGCGAGAAGAGCAGCUGCAGCGCCACCAAGAAGGGCGGUAGCAAGGCCAACGGCGGCCUCUCCCCGACCAGGCGCUCCUCCGCCGCACAGGGCCUGCCCCUCGCCUCCCCGCGCGGCCGCAGCAAGAGCAUGGGCGACGCCAGCUUCGGCGGCGGCGGCGCGGCGGGCUCCCCCUCGCGCACGGCCAUCUCGCGGGGCGACGCCGACCUGGGCGGGGGAGGCCCCAAGCUCGUGUUCAAGUGCUGGCGCAACAACAAGCGCAAGAUCUUCACGGUGCCGGCCAAGGGCAUCACCUACGUCAAGUUCGUGCUCUUCCUCUACAAGAAGCUCGACAUCGAGAGCCACCAGCCGCUCCGCCUGUGCCACCGCACCGUCAAGUCCUCCGGCGGCGAUACCAAGCUGGCCAUCACCGACGAGGCCUCCUUCAAGGCCUUCCUCGCCGACCACGGCACCGCCAAGGACGCCACCACCACCUACUCGCUCUGGGUCGAGUGA